CGUCACCGUGUUUGGUUGCGUUUGCCAACUGUCUGCUCUGAAGUGAGUGCCAGUCAGUUAGCCAGCCUUCCCUUUUUACUUCAUCUAACUAUGGUCUGAAGAGGAAACCAUGAAUCUCCGAGGCGUUUUUCAAGAUUUCAACCCUAGUAAGUUCCUGAUCUACGCCUGCCUGCUGCUCUUCUCCGUGCUGCUGUCACUGAGGCUGGAUGGCAUCAUCCAGUGGAGCUACUGGGCGGUGUUUGCGCCCAUCUGGCUCUGGAAACUCAUGGUCAUCAUUGGGGCUUCCGUGGGCACCGGGGUUUGGGCGCACAACCCACAGUACAGGGCAGAGGGAGAGACCUGCGUGGAGUUCAAGGCAAUGCUGAUCGCUGUGGGAAUUCACCUCCUACUGCUGACCUUCGAGGUGCUGGUGUGUGAUCGCGUGCAACGGGGUUCACACCCCUGGCUUUUGGUCUUCAUGCCGCUCUUCUUCGUCUCGCCCGUCUCAGUGGCGGCGUGCGUGUGGGGAUUCAGACACGACCGAUCACUCGAGUUGGAGAUCCUGUGCUCUGUAAAUAUUCUUCAGUUCAUCUUCAUCGCUUUGAGACUGGAUACUAUCAUCAGCUGGCCGUGGUUGGUGGUGUGCGUGCCGCUUUGGAUUCUCAUGUCCUUCUUGUGUCUGGUGGUGCUCUAUUACAUUGUCUGGUCUGUGCUCUUCUUGCGGUCCAUGGAUGUCAUUGCAGAGCAGCGGCGCACACACAUCACUAUGGCAAUCAGCUGGAUGACCAUAGUGGUGCCCCUGCUUACCUUUGAGAUUCUUCUCGUUCACAAGCUGGAUGGUCAUUAUAACUCCAACUACGUCCCGGUGUUUGUUCCUCUCUGGGUUUCUUUGGUGACUCUGAUGGUGACAACGUUUGGCCAGAAAGGAGGCAAUCACUGGUGGUUUGGCAUUCGCAAAGACUUCUGCCAGUUUCUUCUUGAACUCUUCCCCUUCCUGAGGGAAUAUGGCAACAUAUCCUAUGACUUGCACCACGAGGACUCCGAGGUGUCCGAGGAAUUGCCCAUCCACGAGGUGCCUAAAAUCCCUCCCAUGUUUCGUAAGAAGACGGGCGUGGUGAUCACCCAGAGUCCUGGCAAAUACUUUGUGCCGCCACCCAAACUGUGCAUCGACAUGCCAGACUAACAUUUAAAACUCUGUCCUCGUUUGGCUGUUCAUGAACAGUAUAGCACUAUGCACUGGGCUCCGCUUCAGGACCUACCAUUUAAAAAGAAAAAUACAAACCUACUACACAGAUGCUUCUUCUGAGACUCUUCAGGAAAGACCUUUGUGUUUGAGCUAAGCUCUGAUACUGACUCCCAACCAUUUUGUAUACAAUAGCCUCGUGUCUGUAAAAUCCAUAGAUGGGACCUGUUGCCUUCUGGAGUGGAUCGUUUGAACUUUCCGGACAACUCAGUCAAAGGACUCGACGAGAGACCGUCUAAUCUGUAAAUAAGCGAAGUGUUUUGUUUUUUACCAGGUGUGUUUUUUUUUUUUU